AUGGAUCUAAGCCAGGAAACUAUACUGUAUUCCCAUGAUGCUGAGCACAAGAUAAAAGAUGACAUAGGUGAUACUACAUUAUCGUUGAAUGGGAUUGGCUUUGGGAAAGCCAAUACAACCCGUUAUAACAGUAGAAAAAACAGUGGUGGAUUGAAUUUCUUCAACUCUUCUGAUGAUCAAUGCAGGUUGGUUCUGGGACUGGGCCGGCCUCCAAGGGCAUAUGAUAAUGAAUUCUUCAAUCUUGGGUCUAAAAAGAGGAAGGAAAGAGACAGCGCGUUUCCACAGUGCAUGCAAUCUGACAGUGAUUCAAUCCUUCAACUUGGUCUUUCUGGAGGAACUUAUGAGGCAUCAUGUAUCCUGGACUGUUCAGGUUCAUCUGAGAAUGAAGCAAAUUUGUCCUGUCUUUCAAGCCAAACAUCUGCUGAAAAUAGCUAUCCAAAGCUUCCUGUUGUUGAUGAGGGUUCCACCUCGGCAAAGAAAUCAGAGAAUCGAACGAGCAACUUCAAGAGAUGUAAUUUUCUUGGAUGUAUGAAAGGCGCUCGAGGUGCUUCGGGAUUUUGCAUAGGACACGGGGGAGGACAGCGAUGUCAGAAGCCAGGCUGCGAUAACGGUGCUGAGAGCCGCACGGUUUAUUGCAAGGCUCAUGGUGGAGGGAGAAGAUGCCAACAUCUGGGCUGCACUAAAAGUGCUGAGGGGAAAACAGAUCACUGCAUAGCACAUGGUGGGGGCAGGAGAUGUGAACAUCCAGGCGGAUGCACCAAGGCUGCAAGAGGCAAGUCAGGACUCUGCAUAAGACAUGGAGGAGGCAAGAGAUGUAAGAUCGAAGGGUGCACUAGAAGUGCUGAGGGGAAGGCGGGGUUGUGCAUCUCUCAUGGGGGUGGGCGCCGGUGUCAGUACCAAGGAUGCACAAAAGGUUCCCAAGGAAGCACCACGCUCUGUAAGGCACAUGGUGGUGGAAAGCGUUGCUCAUUUGCAGGUUGCACCAAAGGGGCUGAGGGGAGCACACCACUAUGCAAGGCACAUGGAGGAGGAAAGCGCUGCCUCUUCAAUGGAGGUGGUAUAUGCCCCAAGAGUGUCCAUGGAGGUACCAACUUUUGUGUUGCCCAUGGCGGUGGGAAGAGGUGUGCUGUGCCUGGCUGUACCAGGAGUGCCCGUGGCCGAACUGAUUGUUGUGUUAGGCAUGGCGGGGGUAAGCGAUGCAAGCUUGCAGGUUGUGGGAAGAGUGCUCAGGGAAGCACAGAUUUCUGCAAGGCCCAUGGUGGUGGAAAGAGAUGUGUCUGGGGGGAUGGUAAGUGUGAGAAAUUCGCAAGGGGUAAGAGUGGCCUCUGUGCUGCUCACAGUAACUUGAUGAUGCAGGGGAGGGAAAUCAACAAAGGAAGUCUGUUCAAUUCAAGACUCUUUCAUGGUCUUGUACCUUCUGCUUCCAUCGCUCGUAGUGGUUCUGAGAACAACAAUUCCUCCUCGGGGGUCACUGUUGUUUCUGAGCACAACGAUUCUACGAAAGAGCCAGAAAAACUGCAGUAUCUUAUACCAGAGGAAGUGUUGGUUCCGCUCUCAUUGAAGUCAUCAUCUUCUCUUCCGCUGUUCUUGGCUACCGAGAAGCCAAAGGAAGGUAGAAACAAGGAUAAUUUGGAGAAAGACAUUAAUUUUGAUAUCCCAGAAGGCAGGGUUCAUGGUGGUGACUUGAUGUUACAUCUUGGUGGAAAUUUCAAGAAUGCAGCCACUGUAAUCUGGAGGGACCCAGUUGGCUCAAGCGUGUAAAUUCAUUUUAGGAAUUAGGAACAUGUUUAUGAUCAAAUUGUGAAUAAGGUUUCUGCUGCUUGUCCAGUAUCUCAUGUAAGUAUAGUGUUGAUUGGUGGGUUGCUAGGUUAUUGUUUGUGGUUUGAUCUAUAUCUUCCAUUCUUGAAUAAGGUCGUGUCAAACAGCAGCACAAUGUUGAGAUACUUGGCUAAACUAAUUAGCCAAGUUAGUUGACACAUUAAAAGGGAUGGUCCCUUUUAAUAAAAAACUGUACCUUAAAUUUAUCAAUGUGAUGUAUAAGCAUCAUUCUGUUCGUUCUA